AUGUUGGCCGGAAGAUUGAAGAACUUUCGCAAAGGAAUAGAUGAUGUUCGUGAAGGAAAGGAAAAUUCCUUGUCGGCCAUUCGAAAAGAACUGACGUCCAUACCCUACCUCCCCGAACUAGCUCCAUUGGAACAUUUGAGGAAGUUAAGCCUGGCUCACAAUAAAAUUACAGGUUUGUUUAUCAAAAGUAUUCGCACAUUUUGUCUAGAAAUUCCUCAAGAGAUCUCUACUCUUCAAUCUCUGGAACAUUUGAAUCUUUUCAACAAUUGCAUCACAACGAUAUCUCCCAAAAUUGUCGAGUUGUCCUAUUUGCGAUUCUUGAACUUGGGAAUGAACAAGCUCAAUGUCCUUCCUCGUGGAUUCGGCGCGUUUCCGUCAUUGGAAAUCCUCGAUUUGACCUACAACAACUUGAGUGAAACUAGUUUACCGGAAAAUUUUUUCAAUUUAAUAACCCUUCGAGCGUUGUAUUUGUCAGAUAAUGACUUCGAACAGCUCCCCGGAGCAAUCGGAAAAUUGGUCAACUUGGAAAUUCUUGCUUUGCGUGACAAUGAUUUGAUCAUGUUACCGGCCGAAAUCGGACGACUGACACGUCUGAAGGAGUUGCAUUUGCAAGGAAAUCGUCUCACAGUUCUACCUCCGGAACUCGGUAAGUUCUAG